CCUGCCCGCCCGCCGGGACUUCCUCGUGUGCCGGCCGUGUGCGCCGGGGGGGGGGGGAGGAGGAGGAGGAGGAGGAGGAGGAGGAGGCGGAGGGGGGGCAGCAGCCUCCCGGCAGGCCGGCCGGGACCCGGGAGUUGCACCAUGCGCGGCAAGUGAGGGCAGCCGCCGCCCGCCCCCGGCACGCUGCCCCCGGCAGCCCUGCCCGCAGCGCCAGGUACCUAAGGAUAAAACUGGCCUGAAGGGAAAAUCUGGGGGAAACUGGGGAGCUUGACUGUACUUGCACCUGACCCUCUCCGCUGUCAGAUGUGGUGAUCUCCAUGGUAACUCAAACCCCCAGACUCUUGACAGCAGCCUGCGAGGAGCAGCAUUCAGCAGCUCAAGGGUCUCACGGCCAGAGCGUGGAUCACACUUCUCGUAAACCUCAUCAUAUUGAGGUUGGGCUAAGAUGAGCAUAACCAGUGACGAAGUGAAUUUCUUGGUGUAUCGCUAUCUCCAGGAAUCAGGUUUCUCCCACUCGGCCUUCACGUUCGGUAUCGAGAGCCACAUCAGUCAGUCCAACAUCAACGGAACACUAGUGCCACCUGCUGCACUCAUCUCCAUCCUCCAGAAAGGGCUCCAGUAUGUGGAGGCAGAGAUCAGCAUCAACGAAGAUGGUACAGUAUUUGACGGCAGGCCAAUAGAAUCACUGUCUCUGAUAGACGCGGUGAUGCCUGAUGUUGUACAGACCCGGCAGCAAGCAUUCAGAGAGAAACUAGCUCAACAACAAGCCAGUGCAGCGGCAGCAGCGGCAGCAACGGCAGCAACAGCGGGAGCGACGACGACUGCUGUUUCCCAGCAGAACACACCAAAGAACGGAGAAGCCACUGUGAAUGGAGAGGAGAAUGGGGCACAUGCAAUAAAUAAUCAUUCAAAGCCAAUGGAAAUUGACGGGGAUGUUGAAAUUCCUCCUAACAAAGCAACAGUCCUUCGGGGCCAUGAAUCAGAGGUGUUCAUCUGUGCCUGGAACCCUGUCAGUGACCUGCUAGCAUCUGGAUCUGGAGACUCAACGGCCAGAAUAUGGAAUCUCAAUGAGAACAGCAACAGUGGUUCCACUCAACUAGUUUUGAGGCACUGCAUAAGAGAAGGAGGACAUGAUGUCCCCAGCAAUAAGGAUGUGACUUCAUUGGACUGGAAUAGUGAUGGAACACUAUUGGCUACAGGCUCAUAUGAUGGUUUUGCAAGAAUAUGGACAGAAGACGGUAACCUUGCAAGCACCUUAGGUCAACAUAAAGGUCCGAUAUUUGCCCUGAAGUGGAACAAAAAGGGGAAUUAUAUUUUAAGUGCUGGUGUUGAUAAAACAACAAUAAUUUGGGAUGCUCACACAGGAGAAGCUAAACAACAGUUUCCUUUCCAUUCAGCUCCUGCUCUGGAUGUAGACUGGCAGAACAACACUACUUUUGCCUCCUGCAGCACUGACAUGUGCAUUCACGUAUGCAGACUUAGCUGUGAUCGUCCCGUUAAAACCUUUCAAGGACACACAAACGAGGUUAAUGCUAUCAAGUGGGACCCAUCUGGCAUGCUACUAGCAUCUUGCUCCGAUGAUAUGACAUUAAAGAUUUGGAGUAUGAAGCAAGAUACCUGUGUACAUGACCUUCAGGCUCACAGCAAAGAGAUUUAUACUAUCAAAUGGAGUCCUACAGGACCAGGCACCAGCAACCCAAACUCCAACAUCAUGUUAGCAAGUGCUUCAUUUGAUUCCACUGUUCGGCUGUGGGACGUUGACCGAGGAGUCUGCAUCCAUACGCUAACAAAACAUCAAGAGCCUGUCUACAGUGUAGCUUUUAGUCCUGAUGGAAAAUAUCUAGCCAGUGGGUCCUUUGACAAAUGUGUCCAUAUAUGGAAUACUCAGAGUGGAACUCUAGUACAUAGCUACCGAGGCACCGGAGGCAUCUUUGAAGUCUGCUGGAAUGCUAGAGGAGACAAAGUGGGAGCAAGUGCAUCAGAUGGAUCGGUUUGUGUUCUAGAUCUGCGGAAGUAAAAGUGAAAUGUUUUAGAAGAAAUUUCAAAUGGACCAGCAGUGAAUGUGUGGGGAGAAGCACUCUUCAAAACUAUUCUUAACAGCUCCAGAACUGUACGAACUUGAACAAAGUUAGAGUGUACUGUGAAACCAACUCUCCCUGGCCACAGGUGUCUAGUAUUUUGUCCGUAACCUUCAUCAAGGAGUAAAAACACAGUCACUUCAGAGGGGGAGGGAAUGGUUUCCACCUGGAACAUUCAGCCUUGGAAGCAUGAAGCCACCAGCUAGGCAUUGCACUGUUUGGUUUGCGUCUGAGAACUUGCUCUGAUGGCUGGGAAAAAAAAGCUGUGCCAAAAAAAAAUUAAUAAAAAAAAGAAAAAUGCUGUGAUAAACCAAAAGGGAAAAAAAAAUCCUCCUCCAUGCGGUGUCGUAUUUUUUCCUUCCAAUUUGGACACUACAGUUGCUCUCCCAAAGGACGUUCAAAGACCAGUUUGUACUGAUGAAAUGCUCAACUUUGUAAUCACAACACUUUCUAUUUUCUAGACUACUUUUUUUGUUCAGUGUUUUUUCUAUCAGCUGGAAUAUUACAGCCUGGAGGAUCCCAGGCUUAGGAUGAAACUUUUGUUUUCCUUUUAUUUCUCCCUUCGACUCCCAACUUCUCCUUCCUUUUUUUCUCCUCUUUCUUCUUGCCCUUUUUUUCUUUUUUCCCUGUAUGCCCAUAGUAGAUGCAGCCAGGUGGACAUGACAAUGAAAAUUUUUGACAGACUGCUUCUCCUCUCCUCUCUUUCUUUUCCUUUCUUUCUCUCCGUUUAAAAGAAAAAAAAAUCCUCCAUGCUUCAGAUCUUAGCGUCUCAAGGGCACUUUCAGCAAAUUGUGUAAUAAGUGCUUUAUAUAAGAAUGCAGUGCUGGGGAAGAUUUUUACAGGAGAAAGAUGACUUUUAACAGAAAGAACCCAGUGUAUUUUUGGAAAAAAAAUAUUUUUUAUGUUAAACACAGUUUUAAAAGCCGAAAAUGGCCACCAAAUGUAGACCAGUUGUGUAAUUCAAGCAAAAAGAAUGACACAGAGUCCAAGGAGCAUGAAAGAUGCAGUAUCCUUUUUCUCUUCUCUCUCAGAAAGUGCUGUGGGACAAAACAUUAUUUGAUACAAUAAAUGCCGUCAUUUACUAAGAGACCUCUUCCAGCAGCCAGACGUUUAUAUGGUCUCAUUCCAUUUUUGUGGCUGUUUGAUGCCGUACACUUACUAAAAGGAAUCCAUAAGUUUGAGACCAUAAAUAUAGCAUUCAUUUUCUCGAGUGCGUAUUUAUGUUUAUCCUCGGUGACCAGGGGAAAACAAUUGUGCAUAUUGUUUCCUCAAGAGACGGUUCGGGUUUCAUACAGAACAUGCGUUUGGCGAGCAGUGCUGUCCUCCACUGUUCACCCACGCAGCUGUUUCUGUUCCAGUAAGUCCGUGGGGUUUCACCGGUGACUUGAUGGGACCAGUCGGACCAAGACAUGCUGACUGCCUGUCGCUGUCGAAGAAUGGACUCUUGCCAAGCUCACGGCCAUCUCUGGUCAGCGCACACCUAAAACUGAGCCCUGCUAUCGCAGACGUCGUGCUGCUGUCACCCUCAGCCCUGCGUGUUCCCCGUGCGAUGAGGAAAGCUCUGGGUCUGCCUGUGGAGGUAGGCUUAGCUUUGAGCGUGUCCUCAGUGGGGUGCUCAGAAGAUGUCGUAGAGCUCUCUACUAGGCGAGGACAUGAUUUAAUACCUAUUUCUCAACAUAUAAACCACUGUGAAGUUACAGCGGGUGAAACGAUCGGAAUGACAACAAAGACUUCCAAAGCACCGGCUGUCAGCUGGGACGUGAUUUCCUUACUGCGAGCUAGACAUCCGCAGUGAUGCCUACCGAAGAUUUCUUUACUCCAAGAGCAGACGAUGGAUCCAGAGAAGCCACAGGAAAGCCAAAGGCAGAGUUUACUGAAGUUGGUGGAAACUCUCAGGCAGCCUCAGGGUGGUGUUGGCCAUUAUUUAGUCAAAUCCUCAGACUGGUGUCUUCUCUAGCCUGCAGGCUAGGAUUUGUAGGAUGGAGAAAAGGAAACAAGAGAGCCCCCUUGAAAUCACAGCACAUUCCCACCCAGUCACCACUUCUGUCACACAGAAUCUUCCCUUUGAUCUGACCACAGCUGCUGAAGUGGUGAUUUGAUCUGAGCAAAACCAAAACCAGAGCCCUAAUGCAGAACUGGUGGUGCGAGACCCACCAAGCAUCACGGCAUCAGGGAAGUUGUAUGUCCAUUUUUUCUCCUGUGUUUUCCUCUCUUUACACUUAAUAUCUUUACAGUAUCUUAGUCCUUUCAGUGGAACUUGCUACUGCCAGCUUCAGCUGCUUUUCUUAGAAAUACACAUUCAGAAAGGAGAAAAUAAUGAAAAUAAGUAACAGCUAACAGGGUUACUUAGUCCUGUGGGGAAAACAGUCACACAGGAUUUUAGUUCUUAAUUACAGUUAGGCUUGUUUGUAAUUUAUAUCAAAGAAUUGACACUGAAAGGUACCAAGGGUUAUUUUUGGUGUUAAAUGUGUCUAUGUGUUGUUUUCAGUCUUCUGCUCCAAGAGCAUGGCUGUGGAUGAUCACGUCACAGUUUUGCACUGGUUUCUAAUAACCAGCACACCUACUAAUUUAAAGUCGCUACUUAAAAAAGGAGUACUUACUAGGAGAGAGGCUUGAAUCUGAAUACAAAGGCUUAAUGUGGCUGUCUAAAGCGCGGUUGGGUUGAUGAUUUGAGUAGAAUCGUUGCACGCCCGUGGCUGGCUUCCUAAGCUGCCUCUGAGCGGCGUUUCUGAGAGCAACACGCAAAAGCUCCCGGCCCGCAGACAGCGGGAGGUGGCAUGGACAGGGCCCGGGGCUGGACUCUCCCUUGUGCAGCGCCUGAAGAGGCCAGGCCUCGGGGUUCAAGGAGAUCAGCUCGCUCAAUCCCAGCUCGGCUGUGCCGCACGGCCGCCUCCAUGCACGGCCCCUGUUGUGUCUUGUUCCAUGAGCAGCUGCUGCAGGUAACGCAAGGGGCGUCAGCGCGCGUGCUUCCUUUUUUCUUUGUCCUUUUUCCAAGCUGUUGGUGAGGGCAGCAUCUUUCCCCUGCCAGUCUGCAUGGAGGUAAGAAGCCAAGAGAAGCCAAGUUUCAAAAUCAGUUGAUUUGCAAAGCCUAGGCAUGAGGGAGGCUGCCCUCCUGGGAGUUCUCUGGACAGGCCGUCAGAUAGGAAAGCAGCGUAUGGGAAAAACUAACAAAAUUCACCUCUCAUCCCGUCCACGAGACCCUAAAGACCAGGGAAAUCGUCAAAGAUGUAGUACUAGAUAGUUUUCAGGCGCAAUGAGGGCAGCUAUUGAGAUUAAGGAAGGCUGAAGACGUCGUGAAGUCUAAUCCCAGCCGAGUGGGCUGGUUUCUUUAGGACGUGGGCAAUGGGGAGAGCAAGGUUUCGCCAGGCUUCAGGUGGAGAUCGAAACCUAGAGCUGCCCUCAGGGAGCUCUCGCUUUCCUCCGUUGCUGCAGCAGCAUCCCCAGGCUGACGCUGCCCCUGGAACAGAACGGCGUGAAGCAGCAGGCGGGUGGGCUUCAGCAGUGCUUUCACCCCGUGCUUUUUGAUCAUUUUGUUCAUAGCUCUUUAUAAUGGAAGAGAAACUGAAAAAAAACCAACGAAGUGACCAAACAGGAUUGUGAAACAUCAAGAGGCUUACUGGAUUUUUGUCAUUGCUGGCUGCCUGGAACUGGCCUUGAAGUGAAAAAAAAAAAACAGUUUCUGAAAAACCACUCAACUCUGUGGGCUAGAAGGAUACUGGAUCUUUUAUGUAGAAAACACUGGGUCCCUUAUGGGGCACUAACGGGCCUGACUUACAGGGUUAUACACACAUUAACCCCAUGCUACAUCUUAGAAAUUUCCUUUUAAUUUGUUAAAAAAAGAGAAAAAUAGCUAAUUUUAGAGCCAAGUGAAGUGCACUUUGUCAAAUGUAAGGGUCUGCUUUGUUUUUGGGUUUCUUUUUUCUUUUUCCCUUUUUAAUUUUUCCUCCUUUUUUUCCUCCUUUUGCCUUUUUAAAAGAUGUGGUUCUUUGUCAAUUGCAGAAAUGUUCUUUCAGCCACUCACUGAAAUUCUGAAUUCUGGCUUCUGCAGUUUUUAUUGUCUGUGUCAGACUUGCAGCCAGACUUGGUUCUCAUUUCAGCAUUUCCCAGGUUCUGUUGAAACAACAUCAACCCUUAUUUUGUUUCUCCCCCACCCACACUUUCUUCGAAUUCACCUUGUGUAUUGUAGCUCAUUUGUUUUAAGGAGAGAAUCAACAGAUCAUAUUCAGUGUCUUGAAUAAAUUGCUAUAUUUUGAUA